CUGCCUUUACAAAUGGCUGUAUAUAUUCUACAUGUUUAUAGUGUCUUGAUUUGAAGCCUAUUGUGUUCUCACGGUGCGUGCAUUUCAAAUAAAACAUGUGACUAGAAGAACACAAGCAGUUCGUGUGCACGUUGUCCACAAAUCUUGUACACAUCAAACCACCUUGCGUCAUUCAUCACAUGCUCGUAUUAUUGUAGAAAAGAAAGAAGCCAAAGAUUAAAUCCAUUUGACAGAAAACACUUUAAAAUUCUGAAACAACAAUAUGGAGGAUGUUGACGGUGAAAGCAGUGAAUGGCUGGGUUUCAAUGAGGCAGUGGAUCGUGUGUUGGACGAGAUGAAAGAAGAACAUAUGAAAAACACUGUAGUAUUUCCCAUGUUAAAUAAUGACCAGUUCAUAGAACAAUUAAAGAAGGACUAUAUCAAUAAAGAACAGAUAAAGAUAUCAUUUGAUGAAAGUGCUAGGAGUAAAAUGAAAGGACCAGAGUCUCUGAAAGCUGGAAUGUAUGGAAAAUAUCCAUCAAAGGUUGCAAAGCAAGCAGCAAAGGAAGUUAUUCUGGCUCAAGUUUCGAGACAAGGAAAAUAUCAGUUAUUGAAGAAAGCCAUCAUAGACGUCCAGAAUAAAUCCCAAGAAAUGGACAAAACUCAUACAAUACUGAAAAACCAGAACAAAAUACUACGCAAGGAGUUGGAGAAAUUACAAAUUCGUGAUGAGUAUCGAGGAAGUGUUGAGGAAGCCAACAAGGAACUGAAAGACAUGGUAGCAAACUUGACAGAAGAAAAUAGAAAUUUGAAGCGUGAAAUUGAAAGGCUCAGAGAUCAAGUUGAUGAACUAAAAGGAUGUAAAGAUAUACCAUUAGUUCAAAACUCAAUUAUUGAAUCUGAAGAAUAUGAAUAAGUCAGACAAAAUGAGUAUUUAUGAAUAUUCAAAAUAUUUUAAAAAUUGUGAUGUCAGAUUUCGUCCAAUGUUCAAUAGUUGCUGCAGUACAAGAUGAGUUCAACCAAAAGCACAUUUUUUUAUCCAACUUAGGGAGCCCGAAUCCACCUCAAGACUGUUUUUAUUGUAAUGUCAAAGAGAUACAC